AUGCAACAUUUAUUGUCAACUAAUAAUUUAAUAUUAACAACUUUGGAUUGUUGGAUUUUACAAAAAUUAACUAAAAAUAGUGAUUUGUUCGUAACAGAGCCUUCAUCAAUUUCUUCUACUGGAUUAUUCGAUCCUUUUACGAAUACUUGGGGUGUCCAAAUACUUCAAUUAAUUGGAUUUCCAUUUGAUUCAAUUUUAUUGCCUUCAAUUUCACCAACUUCACUUUUAUCGUUAACUACUGAUAUUGAAUUGUUUGGAAGAGAAAUUGGAAUAUCUGCUUGUUUAGGAGAUGCACAAUCCGCAGCAUUUGGUUCUGGUUGUAUUCAAAAGGGAGACGUUAAUUUAUCAUUGGGGACUGGGGCUAUACUGGAUUUUGUGUCUGGAGGUGAAGUGCAUGCCAGCAUGUGUGGUGGAGUAUAUCCCUUAAUAGGAUGGAAAUUGGAUGAACAAUCUACUACAUAUUUAUUAGAGAGCAAAUUUAACCACUUAAUUUCUUCACUUAAAUGGGGUAAUUUAAUUAAUUUAAUUCCUUCACUUGCUCCAACUGAUUUAAAUAAAUUAUGCGAAGAAGUAUUUAAUGAGGAGGAGGGUGGACUUUUGGAAGAUGAUGAUAUCACUUGUUUUAUACCUUUUGGAUUGGAGAAAAAUGGAAAUGAUGAUGAUUGUUCUUCACUUUUUGGAAUUCGUUCAUCUACAAAUCAAAAACAAAUUGCUCGUUCAAUAUUUAAAUCAAUAAUAUUUGGAAUUUAUCAAAUUUGGACUUGCCUGUUAACUCAAAUGUCUUUAAAUGAUGUUAAUUUAAUUAGAAGAAUAAGAUGUUGUGGGGGUAUUUCUUUAAAUAACUUUGUCUGUCAACAAAUUUGUACUUUAAUUAAUUUACCCUUGGAAAGGGUUGAGGAACCUCAAUUUUGUUCUGCUAAAGGUGUUGCUUUACUUGCUGGAAUUAAACAAGGUGUUUUUUUAUUUUAA